AAACUUCGCCAUUGUAGGAUUUGUAAUAAGGUGGGCGGGGCCUGCAGUGACGCAGUCGCGGUCCAGGCUUGCGGCGCUCGCGCGCUCCGCUCGGUCUCUAUGCGCAGCCGGUAGCGGAGAGGACGGAAGCGCCAUUUUGCGACAACUUCACUAAAACAUGUAUCCGACCGCACUGACUCAGCUGGCCCGGGGGAACCCCUUCAGCGCCCCGUUGUUCACGCUGCAGAAAGCCGGUGAACCGGAGACCCACGCUCCCGUACAGAAGCGCAGGCUCGCCGCCGCCGCAACCGCCGAGUCGGCAGACAGCUGUGAGUUCGGCUCGGGGAAAUACUACGCCCUCUGCGGGUUCGGGGGCAUCUUGAGCUGUGGUAUCACACACACGGCCGUCGUGCCCCUCGACUUGGUCAAGUGCCGGCUCCAGGUGGAUCCCGCUAAAUACAAGAGCAUCUUCAAUGGAUUCUCGGUCACGAUCAGAGAGGACGGCGUGCGUGGGUUGGCCAAAGGUUGGGCGCCCACCUUCAUCGGAUACUCCAUGCAGGGGCUCUGCAAGUUCGGCUUCUACGAGGUGUUCAAGAUCCUGUACGGUGACCUGCUAGGAGAGGAAAACGCAUACUUGUGGAGAACCUCUCUGUAUCUGGCUGCUUCUGCCAGCGCGGAGUUCUUCGCAGAUAUCGCUCUGGCCCCUAUGGAGGCGUGUAAAGUGCGUAUCCAGACUCAGCCUGGCUAUGCCAACACCCUGAGAGAAUGUGCCCCCAAGAUGUACGCCGAGGAAGGACUCUGGGCGUUCUACAAAGGUGUGGUUCCUCUGUGGAUGAGACAGAUCCCCUACACCAUGAUGAAGUUCGCCUGCUUCGAGCGCACCGUUGAGUUGCUCUACAAGUACGUGGUGCCCAAACCCCGCAGCGAAUGCUCCAAACCCGAACAGCUGGUCGUCACCUUCGUCGCUGGUUACAUCGCUGGUGUGUUCUGCGCCAUCGUGUCUCACCCUGCUGACUCCGUCGUGUCCGUGUUGAACAAAGAGAAGGGAAGCACAGCCGCACAAGUGCUCAAGAAGCUUGGACCGAAGGGUGUGUGGAAGGGACUCGUCGCCCGUAUCAUCAUGAUCGGUACCCUGACGGCCCUGCAGUGGUUCAUCUAUGACUCGGUGAAGGUCUACUUCCGCCUGCCCCGCCCUCCUCCCCCCGAGAUGCCCGAGUCCCUCAAAAAGAAGCUUGGCCUCACAGAGUAAACAGAGAUCGAACCAUCGCCCACCUUCCCCCUCGACACAGCCGCGCACCUCCUGAUUUCUGUAUUUAAUCUGUCCUGAGCCCCGCCCACCUCUGACAUCAUAACGGUGAAGGGGAGACGCUCCAUGUCUAAGUAGUCUGUAUAAAAAGGUUUGUGACUUGAAUGAAUGCCGUCUGGUUUUAACCUCUGACAUUUUUGUCAGUAGUACAAUAAAGAGCUACCUGGAUAUUAUACUCAA